AUGGUAGACAUAAAGUUACAAAUUGUUGUCGUUCCAAACUCUCAAAUAACUGCAGUUAAAAGUGUAGAUAACGAUGAAAUAAGAAUAGCAAUAAAUCAGCCACCAGAAAACAAUAAGGCAAAUGUUGAAUUGUGUAGAUAUCUUAGUAAAGUUUUUAAAAUAAAAAAGACCGACAUAAAAAUUAUAGGUGGAUUUACUAAUAAACAUAAAACUUUAAUAAUAAAUAUGGAAAAUAAAAUCGAUAUAAUAAACAUAUUGAAAAAUGAAAUUUAA